AUGGCGCCGUCGACGGCAGCCAAUCUCAACGUGAUCAUGAGGCAGUUAUUCUACACGCUAGCCAGCAUACUGUUGGCCGUGGCCAGCUGUGAAGCGAAAGCCGCUCACAAGGUAACAUGUGCGGACGAAACGAUGCGCGUGGCUCUUGCUCUGCCAUCACACAACGUGUCAGUCUAUCUGGAGGGUAUGAAAGGAUACCCAGACCCAAAGUGCAAGCCGACCAUCGAGGAAAACCAGGCCCUGUUCGAGCUGUCGCUGACAAACAUCUACGACUGCGGAGUAACUCGAGUGAUUAACCAAAUUACGGGCUAUAAAGUGUUUUACCAUCGGAUCAUUGUCGAAGGUGAUCCGGAGGUGGGCAAGGAAGUCGUUAGCGUGAAGUGCAUUGCCAGCGGACCGAACUACAAUGAUACGCACGGAAUUGUGAAGCGAGAUGUCCUGCCGGCAGGCUUUCAGGAACCCGAGGACCUAGAAAUAACGAGCUCCAUUGAGCGAAACGCGCCAGUUCCGUCGCUCAGCAUCCAGAUCCGCCAGGGAGACAAGCUGGUCACGGGUGAUCUCACCGUCAGUCCCGGCGCCAACCUCCAGAUGGAAAUAGCGCUGGACAACAGCUCGGCACCGAUAUACGGGCUGGGUGUCAACUAUAUGCAAGUGUCCGACGACAGCCGGCAGGAGGAGACGAUCAUUUUCAAUGGCUGCUCCGUGGAUCCGUAUCUGUUCGAGAACUUCAACACCGUCGACGGAGACCUGCUGGCGGCCAAGUUCCGGGCAUUCAAGUUCCCAGACUCGAUCUACGUUCAGUUCAGUGGAACGGUCAACGUUUGCGUCGAUCGGUGCAAGGGUGUCAUCUGCAGUAACGGCCAGACUGCGUUCGGUAGGCGUCGGCGUGAGAUCAGUGCCACCCCUGCCGACCCAAACAAGGUCUACGAGGUGACGAUGACCACCUUUAUCAAGGUCAACUAUGACGAGAAUGCCGAUCAAAAUACCGUAUCAGAGAUUGAUCAGAAAAUUCGCCAGCUAAAGCUGACCAACCAAAAACUGGCCCGAAACAGCCGCGCCGGCAACGUCUUCGAAAGCAUCCACGAGCCGUCAUCCACCAUGCGUGCCUCGGACGACGACGUACAGUCGGACGAAACGACCGUCAUGCCGGGGAACGAAAACGCGAAGGUAGAGGAAACGAUCAUGUUCCGCGAGGUGAUUACGAGGCAGGACGUGCCCAGCGAGGAGCUGAGCUCCGGCAACAAUGCAUCCCCACGAUGGACGAGCAGUUUGCCCGUUCUGAGGGGGCUGCUGUUUGCGGGGAUCUGGCCACUAUUCGCCCUGCUCCAGCGCUCCACCAUUCGCCAUUGA